AUGGAUGCCAAAUCAACAGAGGCGACAACUGUCGUCGCCCACGACCAUAUCGAGAAACUCGCCAUUGCGGACGAAGCCGUUACAAAGGCAACUGAAAACCAAGACCUGACCCCCAAGCAACAAUACCAGCGCCUUUGGGCGAAUCUUAAGCAAGACAAGCGUUAUGUCUUCUGGGCACUCUACAUCAUGUCCCUCGUCUUUGGAUGGGGUUACGACUCUGGACUUUCAGGGGCUGCCAUCGCCUUCCCCGAGUUCCACCAAUAUGUCAUCCCUGCGCUUUGGCAAUCUCUGUGGAACGCCGCCAGCACCAUCGGUCAGGUAUUCGGUGCCUUCCUCACCGGCCAAUUCGCCGACACCGUUGGCCGCAGAGCCGUUCUCUGGACGGCCGUUAUUCUCUCCCUUUCCUCCUCGUUUGCCCUGGUAUUCGCUCCAAGCCUACCCGUGCUCUUCGUCUCCAAGCUGCUGCUCGGUUUCUCGGUUGGCUUGUCAACCGUUACGCCUCCUCUCUACGUUACCGAAAAUGCUCCUCCUGCACUUCGAAGCUCCCUCAGCUCGUUAACCAACGUCAUCAUUAUUUACGGCCAAUGGAGCUACCGCCUGGCGUUCGCCAUGACUUUCCUUGUUCCGACGCUCUUCAUGAUUGUCUUGCCGUGGCUGCCCGAGUCGCCGGUGUGGUACGUCAAGAAGGGUAGGGACGAAGACGCCCGCAAGGCGAUCUUCAAGCUCUACGGCAAGAACGUCGACGUUGAAGAGAGACUUAACUUUAUCAAGUCUGAGCUUGAGCUUGCGGCGGGAGAAGCCAACAUGGCUAAGCAGACCAGCUGGAGAGCGAUCUUUUCCAAGGAGCACCGCUUCCGUACACUUGUCGCGGUUCUUGGAUUGCAGUCGCAGAACUUCUCUGGUGGCUAUUUCGCAAACACAUACCAGACCUACUACUUCGAACUUAUCGGCCAGUCCGAUCCCUUUGGACUCACCGCGAUCUCCUCCACCCUUCAAUUCCUCUCGAACUGCGUAGCAGUCACAGUCUCCGACGUCCUCCCUCGCAGAAAGUCUUUGGUUGGCGGCGGCGCAUUGCUGUGCUGCUGGUCCAUCAUCAUCGGUGGCACAUCCCUCGCUGGAACCAGCAACUACUCCGCAAACAUGGCUCUUCUCGCAUUCAUGAUCACAUGGUCGAUGCUUUAUACCGCGACAGUGGGUUGCUUCGGCUGGGCUGUUGCUCAGGAGACUGCCUCGCAAGCCACCAGACCCAAGACCAUUGCCUUCAGCUUGGUGUGCCAGCAGCUUACAGCUCUUCUCCUGUCAUCGGUUUUCCCUUUCUUCAUCAACCCUGACCAGCUUAACUGGGGUGGAAAGAUCAUGUUCCUGUUUGUCGGCGCCGAGGUGUUCGUCCUUGGACUUCUCUUCUUCUUCCAGCCCGAGACGAAGAACAGAACCUACCAGGAUAUCGAUCACAUGUAUGCCCAGGGGGUUCCAGCAAGGAAGUUUAGCGAAUACGUUGUGGUGGAUGGAGUGGCCGUCAAGAAGGCCACCUCUUGA